UUUAAAGGCUGGUCUUACUUUUUGGAACAUGAUAAAGCAUUUAGCCUUCAUGACCUAAUGGAAAUACAUUCUGGAAAACUGCUGGAUGAAUUGAAAAAUAUAGCAAGUAAAUUCGAAGACCACAUCAUUAAAAACUGUCAACUGUGCAGUGGGAAAGGAUAUCGCUGUGAGCUGUGUGAUGACAAGGACGAUGUGAUAUUCCCGUUCUUCAGCACAGUGAACGUCUGCUCCGAGUGUUCAUGGGUCUACCACAAGACUUGCUGGCUCAGAUAUCUUGUAUGUAGGAAGUGCCAACGGAAUAAGAAAAAGCAGCUUGAGACAGUACCUCCAGAGUCUUGAACAGUAUUUAUAUCAAAGACAAGAAGAAUAUAAUACACGCAAUUUCAUAUCAAAUAUAUUGUAUUUUUAUUUUAAAUAUAUUUUAUUAUUGAACGUUAAA